GAAAGAAACCUUCAGCCUGCAUGAGCUCAUCGACUCUUCUGGCUUCAGUUACCAUCAAGUGCUGGUGGCCCCUCCGUUCUAUGGAAAGAAAACUUAUGUCCUCAGUUCCAUCUGUCUCCUCAUCAGAAACAGAACCCAAUGGCACCUUCAGCAGUAAUGACAGCCACAGGAACUGCACAAUUGAAAACUUCAAGAGAGAAUUUUACCCCAUCAUAUACCUGAUAAUAUUUGUCUGGGGAGCCUUGGGAAAUGGCUUUUCCAUAUAUGUUUUCCUGCAGCCUUAUAAGAAAUGCACAUCUGUGAAUGUUUUCAUGCUAAACCUGGCCAUUUCAGAUCUCUUGUUCACAAGCACACUGCCUUUCAGGGCUGACUAUUACCUCAGAGGCUCCAAUUGGAUGUUUGGGGACCUGGCCUGCAGAAUUAUGUCUUAUUCCCUAUAUGUCAACAUGUACAGCAGCAUCUAUUUCCUGACUGUGCUGAGUGUUGUGCGUUUCCUGGCAACUGUUCACCCCUUCCGGCUCCUCCAUGUCACCAGCAUCAGAAGUGCCUGGAUUCUAUGUGGGAUCAUAUGGAUCUUUAUUAUGGCUUCGUCAGCAGUACUUCUGAAGAAUGGCUCUGAGCAAGACGGUAAUGUCACAUUAUGCUUAGAGCUGAAUCUGAAUAAAGUCAUUAAACUACAGGCCAUGAACUACCUCGCCUUGGUGGUGGGCUUCCUGCUGCCAUUCUGCACACUCAGCAUCUGUUACCUGCUGAUCAUUCGAGCCCUGUUAAUGGUGAAAGUCCCGGAAACAGGGCUGCGGGUUUCUCACAGGAAGGCACUAACCACCAUCAUCAUUGCCUUAGUCAUCUUUCUCCUGUGCUUCCUGCCCUAUCACGUACUGAGAACCCUCCACCUGGUCAUGUGGGAGGUGGGUACAUGCAUAGACUGGCUACAUAAAGCUGUGGUCAUCACACUGGCCUUAGCAGCAACCAACAGCUGCUUCAACCCUUUGCUCUAUUACUUUGCUGGGGAAAAUUUUAAGGACAGACUAAGGUCUGCAGUCAGAAAAGGUCAUCUGCAGAAGAUAAAGUGCAGCUUUCCUGUCUGUGUAUGGUUGAAAAAGGAAACAAGAGUGUAAGGGGUUACUAGGUGAGGCCCAUUCUCGUAUCCUUGUGUCCACCUUCAUUCACACAUAGUCUCCAAAUACCUUGUAUUUAAACCAUUCCUAACAAAGGUCAAUUCUCAACAUUUACUUGACCAUGAUUUUUGUUAAUAAGACCUACUUCAAAAAUUUCAUUAGGUGUAUUUUCAGUGGUUGAGUCUAAAUGAGGAAUGAAAAGGAAAAAUUCCUACUAGACUCUUGCAAUCUGUCAGACUUGGAAAAAAUGCCAGGCACAGUGGGUGCUACUUUUCAUCAGAUACUGUACCAGAUUUCUGGUCCACCAGGCAUUCUAAAUUCUUAACUUUAAGACAACCCCAACUUCCCCAGUUGCUCAAGUUCCUCUUCCCUCUUCAAUCCCUGGAGAUAUAAUCAAUUAACAAAGCUAUGGGAGGUCCCAGAGCAGAUAAGAAAAGCAUCCUAAGAAUUCAGAGGAAAGAUUUUGACUGUGAAGAAGAAGGCUACCCUCUAACAAAGCAGAGUCAAGAUCCCAAACAAGAACAGUGAGAGAGAAAGGGAGAGAAGAACUGGGGCAAGAGAGAGCUGGUGAGAAGUAGAGAGGAGAAUGAAUUUCAUUUCACGCUGGGAGAGGGGCUCUAGCACAUUGAAGGCAAGAAUGUUCCCUUUGCCUCUCUCUUCCUGGGGCUUAGGAAGGAGAGGAAGAGUAGGAGGAGGAUCUGGGGCAUUGCUCUAGGGGAUGGAGGGAUUGUGUGUGGAACAGGGGAGAGGAAGGACCAAUUUUACUCUUGAGAUUUGGGUUUGGACUGACUUCACUGCAGUUUUCACUCCUGCCCAUUAAUCCAUUGGGAUGGCAGCUAGAAUAAAGGAGGUGGCUCUAAGAGUUAGUUGGGCACUCAGUGAGAGGGUGCGGUGGAGAGCAAGCUGCAAAGGUUGUUGUACCCCUGAAAUUCUAUUAACAAUUUGGUGGAACAUGAGUAGGGCAGUGCUGCCUUCUUUUUUUGAGAGAGUGGAGAAUAGCACUGGAUAAUGGGAGGGAGGUCAUUUCUGUCCACUGAAACAAAGCUAAGGAUACUAAGGACACUACCAACUACUACCACGUUGACCACUGUACUGCAACAACUGAGUGCCUCUGCAUGCUGGGCAGACUCGGCCAGGCACUUUACAUUCAUUAAUCCCAUUUCACCCUCACACCAAAGCCCUGUUUCCAUUUUACAGAUGAAGAAACUGAAGUUUGGAGAAAUUAAGAAACUUGUUCAAGUUCACACAUCUCGUAAGAGUUUUAAAACCUCUGUGCAGAAGCGUUGACUGGGUGCUGUUCCCACCACUCCCCCUGCAAACUUCCAGGAAGAUUGGUUGAGAGUCUGAGUGAGAGCUCCUUUCCUCCGCCAGCAACCCACCCCUCCUCACUCUCAUUAGAAGACUGAGGUUUUCUCUGUGGAGUUGCUGACCCCAGGCACAGUGGAGGGUGGGAGGAAGGUGGUGUUCUGAACCUGGAGAGGGACUAAGUGAAAGUCUUCCCAGUAAACAAAGACUCCAGUGCUCUUCCCUUACUUGGCUCCAGAAAGCUGACAGACAGACUCAGAGCCUGCAGGACCUUCCUCUGGGGGAUCUGCCAACCCAAGAAAAAAGACCCACAGAUACAGGCCGUUGGGGAUUCCCCAGCACAAAAGCUGGGUGCCUGCCCAACACCUAUCUGACGGGGAAGCCUCCAAGGCAACUAACCCCUUCCACUCACAGAGGGCAGCUAAUCCACCUGCUAGAACCUCUCUUAAUUAUCAACAGCUGAUGACAACUCCACAUUGGAGGGAAAGGCCCGAACAUGAAAAGCACCAACAAAUAAAUGACAGGGUAGAUAGAAACAUUUCGGUGUGAAAGUUCUCAACAUCUUUAUCACCCUUUCACUUCUUCUCAGAAAGUUCCUGGAGGAUGUUCUCCUCCAAAAGAAGAGAUUAAGCCAAGAUAAAGGAAAACAUGGCGUUUAGGAAGCAAGGAAUCCAACAUGGGAGAAACAUGAAGAGAAUUCCCAGGGUGUUGGUAUGCUGUAAAAAAGCAAGAAACCAAUUGAUUUGCACACAUUGGAGAGCUUGGGAUGAGCUAGUGAUAAAUACACAGAGAAAUAAGCAAAAAAAAAAAAAAUGGAUAAUGCAAUUCUUAAAUGCUAGGUAAAAAGAAACUGUUGUAUAAGAGAGGAAAUAUAACCAUAGUACACUACAAGGCUCAACUGUGAAUAAUAUUUAUGUAGAGAAUAAUGUAAAUAGCAAAACACUGUAAUAUAACUUUUUUUGAGAAAUGAGGGGAGAGGAUGUGUAUGUGGUGGGGGGAUGUGUAAGAACCAUAAGUCCCUAUCUUUCCUCACAGAAAACACACAAUAACUAAAGCUAGAGAAUGAUAAAUAGCUGUAUAAAAAAUGUUAUUUAGCAAUAAGAGCUAAAGACCAGAAGAAACUGAAAAGAAUUGACAGAGAUUGCCUCCGGAGAGAAGCUGGAGGUGGGAGGAGAGGGUGGGGACUUCUCUUUUCCUUUGAAGAACUCUUUAACUGUCUUGUGACUAUG